GCUGUGUCCAUUUGAUUGGUCGAGAGGCUCUGGACUGAAUCAGCUUUACGGUAAAGCAAGACGUAGAGUGAGCGUUCCUGAGAAUAUCAUCUAAAAGGGAAUAUUUGUUAUUCUGCUGUGUAUUUACAGAAACCGAAGAUGAUCGAGGUGGUUUGCAACGAUCGCCUGGGCAAGAAAGUCCGGGUCAAGUGCAACUCUGAGGAUACAAUUGGCGAUCUGAAGAAGCUCAUUGCUGCUCAGACGGGAACACGGUUUGAUAAGAUUGUAUUAAAGAAAUGGUAUACCAUAUUCAAGGACCACGUGUCUCUGGGUGACUAUGAAAUCCAUGAUGGGAUGAACCUGGAGCUGUACUACCAGUAGCCCAGAGGAGGACCCCGAGUCAAUGCCACAUAGAUGAACCUCUUCCUUGUUACACACACACACACAUGGGAUUGGUUGCAGGAAACCACCAUGAUCAGACCACACGAGAGAGGAGAGAGAGAGAGAGAGGAGCAGUAUCUACAGAGCAGAAAACACACAUUACAUUGAUCUCAGUUUUAGCUUAUGAUUUUUGCCCACAAAUUGUGUGAAAGACAUUUUGUUCUACUGUUUUUUUCGUUUUGAUAUUUUUGAAUUAAAGCAGAUUUUAACUACU